AUGGCGACCGAAGUGCAAAAUACGCAUCGUCUGGCUCACAGCCAUGCGCGCGAGGGCGAUAUCCCGGGUACCGUCGAUCUCAACGCUGCAGAGGGUGAUGAGACCGGAUAUGGGCAGGCCCUGUUUCCAGUGCCAGCGGAGGAUCCUAACGACCCUCUCCAGUGGCCAAACUGGAAGAAGACCGCCAUUCUCGUCAUUGUUUCUUUUUAUUCCUUCCUGGGGAAUGCCAGUCUCCUAGGCCCUUCCGUGUACAUCACGAUUUACAGCGAAGAAUUUGGCAUCUCUCCAUCCACCGCGUCUGGGCUUGUCUCCUAUCCCAAUCUCGCAUUUGGGUUUGGUAAUAACGUCAAGGAUACUAAGAAGACUAUGUUCAGGACUGACAUCGGCAGGGUCCCUCAUCCUCGUUCCGCUCUAUCUCAAGAUCGGACGUCGGCCCGUUACCUUGUUAUCAAUGGCUUUGUCGGCGGAUUGAUUGGCGCUUCCCAAGCAACGACCUAUACUGGGCUGAUGAUCGCGCGCGUCUUCCACGCAUUUGGGAGUGGUGUCUGCGAAUCUCUUCCCGUGCAGAUGGUCAACGAUAUAUUCUUCCUCCACGAGCGUGGGAAGCGGAUUGGCUACUACACAAUCUGUCUCUGCCUUGGUUCGACCGGACCGUUAUAUGCUGGUUAUAUGCUGGCCGGCGGCUACUCAUGGAGACUGUUCUUUUACGUUGUGAUCGCUUUUGCGGUAGCACUGUUUGUAGCGGCGUUUUUCCUAGUGGAGGAGACCACCUACCACCGGCCGGAACCGAAGCCCUCGCCUCCACCGACCAUCGCCGACGAAAAGGUGGAGAAAAGACAUGAAGAGACUGUCGUCGCAGCGGCGCCGCCGAAACGGAAGGGCUUUAUUUCGACGCUGAAGCCGUGGAGCGCGAUCGACCCGGACGCGGAGUUUUUCACGACGAUGAUCCGGUCGUUCACGUACUUUUGUGUACCGGCUGUGCUGUGGGUGGUGACGAGUUUCGACGAAUUCCGGGCUCAUCGCCGUGGCCACGAUUAUCGGCUAUCUGCUCGCACUGCCUUUCACGUCGAGCUCGGACCGCCUGGCGGCAUAUCUGACCAAGAAGAACAACGGCAUUCGCGAGGCGGAGAUGCGACUGGGCGUGCUGCUGCUUCCGAUGCUAAUCUCACCGGCGGGGCUGAUUCUGUACGGAAUGGCGGCGCAGAAGAACCUGCACUGGAUCGGGUACUUUGUCGGGGUGGUGAUGGACCAGUUCGGGUCGUACUUCUACUUUACGUUCACGCUGGCGUACGCGGUGGACUCGUACUACGCGAACACGUCGGAGAUGCUGAUCGCGAUGAACCUGGGCAAGCAGGCCAUCUCGUUCGGGAUGGGACUAUACCUGCUGAACUGGAUCAUGGAGCGGGGGUAUGCGGUGGUGAUCUCGGGGAUCUUCUGCGGGGUGCUGCUGGCCAACAACCUGGCGGUGAUUAUCUUUAUGAUCUGGGGGAAGAGGAUCCGGCGGUAUACGUCGCGGUCGUGGCUGGGGCGGUUGCACAGGGGGACAGCGACGGGAGGUGUUCUCUAACUAAAUUGAAACAACAGAAAUCGAUUAUAAUAAACAUUAUUAUCUGA